CUCUGCGAGGGGCCCUGUCUCCCCCUCACCACAUCCUCACUCCAGCUGUCCAGCCGGCCUGCCAGCCACCAUGAGCCAGUCCUACUCUUCCAGCCAGCGCGUGUCCUCCUACCGGCGCACCUUUGGGGGGAACCCAAGCUUCUCUCUGGGCUCCCCUCUUAGCUCGCCCUCCUUCCCCAGGGCGGGCUUCGGCUCCAAGGGCUCCUCCAGCUCCGUGUCCUCCCGCGUGUACCAGGUGUCCCGCAGCUCUGGGGGAGCCGGAGGCUUGGGGGCCUUCCGCAGCAGCCGCCUGGGUGUUCCCCGCGCCACCGCUGCCUCUUCCUAUGGGGCGGGCGAGCUGCUGGACUUCAACUUGGCCGACGCCGUGAACCAGGAGUUCCUGACCACCCGCACCAAUGAGAAAGUGGAACUGCAAGAGCUCAAUGACCGCUUCGCCAACUACAUCGAGAAGGUGCGCUUCCUGGAGCAGCAGAACUCCGUGCUGGCCGCCGAGGUGAACCGGCUCAAGGGCCGGGAGCCCACGCGCAUCGCCGAGCUCUACGAAGAGGAACUCCGCGAGCUGCGGCGCCAGGUGGAGGUGCUCACCAACCAGCGCGCCCGAGUGGACGUGGAGCGCGACAACCUGCUGGACGACCUUCAGAGGCUCAAGGCCAGACUGCAGGAGGAGAUCCAGCUGAAGGAAGAAGCUGAGAAUAAUCUGGCUGCUUUUAGAGCGGAUGUGGAUGCAGCCACGCUGGCCCGAAUUGACCUGGAACGUAGGAUUGAGUCUCUGAAUGAGGAAAUUGCCUUCCUAAAGAAAGUCCACGAAGAGGAGAUCCGUGAACUCCAGGCUCAACUCCAGGAGCAGCAAGUCCAGGUAGAAAUGGAUGUGUCUAAGCCAGACCUGACUGCCGCACUUAGGGAUAUCCGGGCCCAGUAUGAGACCAUUGCUGCCAAGAAUAUCUCUGAAGCUGAGGAAUGGUACAAGUCCAAGGUAUCUGACCUUACCCAGGCAGCCAACAAGAAUAAUGAUGCACUAAGACAAGCCAAGCAGGAGAUGAUGGAAUACCGGCACCAGAUCCAGUCUUAUACCUGUGAGAUUGAUGCACUCAAGGGCACUAAUGAUUCACUGAUGAGGCAGAUGAGAGAGCUGGAGGAACGAUUUGCCAGUGAGGCAAAUGGCUACCAGGAUAACAUCGCUCGGCUUGAGGAGGAGAUCCGGCACCUGAAGGAUGAGAUGGCCCGGCACCUACGAGAGUAUCAAGACCUGCUCAAUGUCAAGAUGGCGCUGGAUGUGGAAAUUGCUACCUACAGAAAGCUCCUGGAGGGCGAGGAAAGCAGGAUCAACCUCCCCAUCCAAAGCUUCUCAGCCCUGAACUUCAGAGAGACAAGCCCUGAGCAGAGGGGCUCUGAGGUGCAUACCAAGAAGACAGUGAUGAUAAAGACCAUUGAGACCCGGGAUGGGGAAGUUGUCAGUGAGGCUACGCAGCAGCAGCAUGAGGUGCUCUAAAGGCAGAGAGGCCAACCGGAGGCACCCCCCACGGCCCAAGACUGCCUCCCAUCACAUGACACCUUGGAACCGUUCUCCACUGAUUCUGAGACCCCUCUGAAGGCUUUCUCCUCACCGCACUGACCAGCCCUUCCUCCCUCACAGCCAGGCCCCUGCCAAGUCUCCCCACGGCCCCCCUGCCCAGCCCUGAGUGUCCGCGGUCCCCUAUGUUGACUUGAAGUCUUAGAUGUAUUGGAGCCCACAGAGAGAUGUUUGCAUUACUUUGGCCCCCUGCCCUACACCCCCGCACUCCGACUCCUGCGGAGAGAGGCGGCAGCGGCACUAUCUGCCCCUCUGAUGCAGGGGUCUGUCUUGCCCCAGUUAGUGCCCUGGAACAGGACUGGAGUUGGGAGAGGGCACAGAGCCUUCUUCUCCUGUCCUUCUGCUUCCUUGAUCCUCCCAUCUGCCUUCCUGGCCAAGUUCAAGUUUUUAGAGUAGAGCACACAGGCUUGGAACAAUUCACUUCCACCUCAUAGAUGUCCUUUGACCUUUCUCCUCCCAUUAACCCCAGGUGAGGAGAUAGAUUACUCUCAGGAAGCCUGUGGUGUGGCUGGGGGAUUGGACUCCUGCUGGGUGGGUGGUUGGGGGGUAACGGGAAGCAGCUCCCAAUGUCCUUUCCUUGUUCUCCCACCUCUGCCCUAAGGUGGACCUGGGGAGGGUAGGGGCUGUGAGAGGGAACCCUGAAGGUGAUGGAUGUGGGAGCAGGAGAUACAGAAUGAGAGAGGGUAUGGGAGAUGCUGAAGAGGAGAGAAGAGAGAGUCAGAGCAUGGUCCUGGGCUGGUGGGCAGGGGAGGAACCCAUCACUCCCUUGUCUCUCCCCUGCCUGGGGCGCCUCCUGGGCAGCAACAAUAAAAAUAGAGCACAUGCCUAACACAGA